GGUGGUCCAACAGACACCACUUUCACCAACCAAAGCGGCGUCGUUUAAUGGGGUGCAAAAAACGUGAGUGUACUGCGUACCUUGAGCCACCUUUCAUUGCUGGAGAACCAGUUUGGGGAGUGGGUGAACUGAGUGGAAAUGGCGGCUGUGGCAGCGUACCCAAAUGGCUUCACCACUCUCAAGCAUGAUGCUCUGAGAGUUGAAUUGAAUGGAGGGUCUUUGGGUUUUGGUGGGACAUUGCGACAGGUGAGGCUAAAAUCAGUGACGAGGUUUGAGGUGAAGAGACAGCUACAGGUCUGUGCUUCCGCUGAGAAAGCAGUGUCUGCUCCUCCCAUUCAACGCUCCAAGGUGAAACGCCACACGAUUUCAGUAUUUGUUGGGGAUGAGAGUGGAAUUAUAAACCGAAUUGCAGGGGUUUUUGCUAGGAGGGGGUACAACAUUGAGUCCCUUGCUGUUGGCUUAAAUGAGGACAAGGCUCUCUUUACUAUAGUUGUCUCUGGAACUGAAACAGUUUUGCGACAAGUUGUGGAGCAGCUUAACAAGCUUGUGAAUGUUCUGAAGGUGAAAGAUCUCUCAAGGGAGCCACAGGUAGAGCGUGAAUUGAUGCUCAUAAAACUUAAUGCAGAUCCAAGUAAACGGGCAGAGAUCAUGUGGUUAGUAGACAUCUUCAGAGCAAAAAUUGUUGACAUUUCAGAACAUUCAUUGACCAUUGAGGUUACUGGAGAUCCUGGAAAAAUGGUUGCUGUGCAGAGAAAUUUAAGCAAGUUUGGAAUUAAAGAACUUGCCAGAACUGGAAAGAUUGCUCUGAGAAGGGAAAAGAUGGGAGAAACAGCUCCCUUUUGGAGAUUUUCUGCAGCUUCUUAUCCAGAUCUUGAAGAGACAAUUCCUGUUAAUGCUCUUGUCAGGAAUGUGAAGAGACCGCUUAAUGGCAAUCCCAGCACAUCCCCAGGGGGUGAUGUUUAUCCAGUGGAGCCUUUCAACGACUUUUCUGUUAAUCCAGUUCUUGAUCCUCACUGGGGUGCUCUGAAUGAUGAAGAUUCAAGUGGGCUUCGAUCACACACUUUAUCUAUGCUAGUGAACGAUACUCCUGGCGUUCUCAACAUAGUUACUGGGGUUAUAUCUCGAAGAAGUUAUAACAUUCAGAGUCUAGCUGUGGGACCUGCUGAAAUGGAGGGGCGUUCUCAUAUUACAACUGUUGUUCCUGGAACUGAUGAGUCAAUCAGUAAAUUGGUUCAGCAACUUCAGAAGUUAAUAGAUCUCCAUGAGGUUCGCGAUAUUACCCACAUGCCAUUUGCAGAACGAGAGUUGAUGUUGAUAAAGAUUGCUGUAAACACUGCUGCUAGGAGGGAUGUUCUUGAUAUUGCUAGCAUUUUCCGGGCCAAAGCUGUUGAUGUGUCUGAUCACACAAUUACCCUAGAGCUCACAGGAGAUUUAAACAAGAUGGUUGCACUGCAGAGGUUAUUGGAGCCCUAUGGGAUUUGUGAGGUGGCACGCACUGGGAGGGUGGCAUUGGUGCGGGAGUCAGGGGUGGAUUCAACAUAUCUCCGUGGAUAUGCUCUUCCUCUGUAACCCUGAAUAUCCUGAACAGCUUGUUCUGGGGGAUUAUCUGAAGUAGGUCAUGUUUUUCUUUAAUUGUUCAGCCUCUUUUCCAUUUUUUUUUGCAUUGGACAAGGAAAAGAAUUGAAGCCAAACUCAGUUUCUUAUGUUUGUGUUAGGUUCCUCAAGAAGGGAUCAGUGUUCAUUUACUCAAAUAGAGACCACGGUCGCCAAAACUGGAAAACAUGUUUUACUUAAAUCAUCCACUUACUGCUAACGGUCUAAA